AUGACUUUAGAUUCAGUUGAAGCUUAUCACAUUCUCCGUAAUGGAAUUACUGGUGGUCUAUCAAAUGUUCAACAUCGUGUUAAUCUUAAAGGAAUCACGCACAUUAAUAAACUUUCAUAUAGUCCAGAAACUAAAACUGUAUCAAAUGAGGACACUUCCAACAUCAUGACUCAUUUCGUUGGUGUUGAUUUUAAUUCAUUAUAUCCUUCAUCAUUUUCAUCUAAUCCUCAUGAUUUCAUUCAAUAUACUGACCAUAAAAUGUAUAUGCCGGGAAGAUUGAAUGGUGUUAUCAUUUGUGAUACAGCAACAAAGAAAGCAAAAGCACUGGGAAUAAUUAAGAAGAAAAAUACUUUAUUCGUGGCUGAAGUAAAGGGUCACAUUGAUGAAAAAUACAUUAAUGAUUACAUAAACUUUUUACCGAUAAUAAGAAACUUAGAUAUUAUCACAGAUGAAAAAACAAUUGGCAGUUUUAUGUAUAAUUACAUGA